AUGGAGAGCGUCGUGGACAGCGUCUUCGUCCCCUGCAAGCACGGAUGCGCCAAGGAGCUCGCCUACUGCCAGCAGGAGGAGCACGAGAGAGAGUGCCCCACCGGCCCGUGCUUCUGCCCUGUCCCUGGCUGUGGCUUCUCAGGGCCGACCGCCGCGCUCCAGGACCAUUUCACCGGCCUGCACAAGUGGCCGAUGAAGAGUUUCAAGUAUUUCGUGCCGUUCUUCCUCCGAGUAGUGCGUCCGGGAUCGCACGUCCUCAGAUGCGGAGACGGACUACUCUUCGUGCUCACUGUGGGGCCGCCGGUGGAGCUCCUCGGCCGCGCGGUGUCCCUCGUCUGCGUCCGGCCGAACGUGCUGGAGUCCCCGGUCGGAUGCUCUGUGUGCUUCUCGUGCUUCGCCGGCCAUUACCAGGUUGCUGGUGACAAAACCGAGGCCGUCGUGCUUUGGAUCACCAUGGACACAAUUUUCCCUAUUCACGAUGAUGAGCUGUACGAGGAGGAUGAUGAUGACGACGACAGCUACGAGGACGGUGAGAAUGAGGAUGAGGAGGAUGAUGAUUGA